AUGCUGCGAUUCCGCGGCUCGCAGUGCUUCCGGCAGCGGAUGGUGUGUGCCACGAUUGCGGGCAAGCCCAUCAGGAUUGACGACAUUCGGGCGGACGACGAGAGCCCCGGCCUGCGCGACUACGAAGCCUCCUUGCUGCGCCUGAUAGAGAAGAUCACAAACGGCUGCAUCAUAGAAAUCAACGAAACAGGCACCAGCCUGCGCUACAAGCCCGGCUUUGUGGCGGGGGGCGCGGGGCUGGAGCACGACUGCGGCACAUCCCGCGCCAUCGGCUACUUUCUCGAACCCCUGGCCCUCAUAGCGCUGUGGGGCAAGAAGCCGGUGGCCAUCUCGCUGCGCGGCAUCACCAACGACGCCACCGACUGCGGUGUGGAUGUGUGGCGUACCGUCACGCUGCCCCUGCUGCGCCAGCUCACCGGCGCCGACGACUUUGAGCUCAAGGCGAGGGGGGGGGUGGUGCGCCGCGGCGCGGCGCCGCUGGGCGGCGGCGAGGUGCUGGUGCGGCUGCCGGUGGUGCGCCAGCUGGCGCCGGUGAGCGCCACGGACGAGGGCAUGGUGAAGCGCAUCCGCGGCGUGGCCUUCAGCACCAGGGUCUCCCCCCAGUGCAGCAACCGCAUGGUGGAUGGCGCCCGCGGAGUGCUCAACGAUUUGCUAGCAGACGUCUACAUCUUUACAGAUCAUAUGACGGGCCCAGCGGCAGGCCUGUCUCCGGGCUACGGCAUCACUCUGGUGGCAGAGACCAGCACGGGGCGCCUGCUGGCGGCCGAGGCGGCAGCGGCGCUGGACCGCGGUGGCGGUGGCGGCGGCGGCGGCGGGCCGGGCGGCAUGGCGGCGGCAGCAGGGGGUGGGGAGGAUGAGUCGGAGGUGGUGCCCGAGGACAUCGGGCAGCGGGCGGCAUACCUGCUAUUGGAGGAGGUGCAGAGAGGAGGCGUGGUGGACAGCAGCCACCAGGGCCUGGUGCUGCUGCUGUGUGCGCUGGGGCCAGAGGAGAUGUCAGAGGUGCGGCUGGGCCCGCUGACGCCGCACGCUGUGCGCACGCUGCGCCACAUCCGCGAGUUCUUCAACGUUCAGUUCAGCGUUCGGCCGGAGCGGGAGAGCCAGACCAUCUUCCUGUCGUGUGUGGGAGCUGGCGUGAGGAACCUGAGCAAGCGGAUCCAGUGA